CUCACCAAUCAUCGCGCUCGCCGUCGACGUUCGAUACCCAUGGCCGCCAGUUCAACAGCGCUCGAAGAGGCGGCAUACAUUGCCUCUGAAUUCAUAUACAGCAUCGACAAUCUUCCCAACGAGGUGGCCCAUAUCCUAGCCGAGAUAAAACACAAGGAUACCAGAACACAGGAGCUGCAGAAUGAGAUAGACAAGGAUUCUGCUCGCUAUAUCCGACAUUCUUUACGAGCGACCGCGACGCCACUGCAAACGCCCACACCGAACGCCCGUGCGCCUUCACCCAAAUCCGCAGCCAUACCCGGGAAGAUCUCAGCCGCCUACGAAGAAAUCCAAGUCCUAGCUGGAGAAAAGGCGGAACUGGCCCAAAAGCUCAUCGAAAUCAUUCAACGGACGCGGACUCGCCUCGAUGUCGAGUUGAACAAGGUCCGCGUGCUUCAGGGCGAGCCUGUGGACUUUUUGGCGACGCCAGGCAAACCUGCCGCUUCGAACGAUGCGCUCAAGAACCCAGCGCUGGCGGUUACAGAGUCGCUGCGCAAUGCUUUGGCGUCGACGCCCCUAAGUCAGGCACCGUCCCCCCAGGCGUCGGCGGGUACAACUUCUGUAGCCGGAUCUAGUGCCAACAAACGUCGCAAAGUCGCUGCGGCUGCUAGCCCCUCCAUUAAAAUCCCUACUCGGUCGGCCAGUCCUACGGUCCAAGCUCCUGCUGCGCAGGCAUCGCAUCAACGGUCGAGACUGUCUAGACAGGUGCAUCCUCCAGUGCAGGACGAAGACGAAGACAUGGAUGCAGAGGGCGACGAAGAUGUCGGUGAGGAAGGGGAUGACGGGGAUGGUGACGACAGGCUUUAUUGCUACUGCCAGAAGCAGAGCUACGGCGACAUGAUUGCUUGCGACAACGAAGGAGAAUGUCCUUAUGAAUGGUUCCAUCUCACCUGUGUCAAUAUCAAGGGCCCCACACCCGAAAGGUGGUACUGCGACUACUGCAAAGACAAAAUCCCGCAGUCAACACGAAAGGGGAGGAAGAAGUAG